GAUUAGAAUAUCUUUGAGCACAGUCAAACCGGCUGAGCAACGGAGAGUUUAGCUGCGGCAUUUGAAAUGCUUUUAUAAAAUUUAACAAAUAACCUACAGUAAAUGUAUAUCAAUAUGGAGGAAACGCCCUUAUCACAUCAUAAACGUCUGGCGUAUUGCACAACACGGCUGCAAUAUAGGCAAGGACGCGAACUUAAAGCUGUGAAGGUUUAUACGGUUGCUAGUGAGUCGCGGCAUAUAUUAAUUUUUGGUGUGCCAAAAGUCAACCUACACUCUGAAAUAAAGAAUAAACUGCAACAAUUCGGGAAACUGCGCUCCUUCAGCUGUGUUACCAGCGAAAUGGCUGGACGAAUUGAAUUGGAGGCCUUUACAGACGUCUAUGCGGCACAAUUUGAGCGUCUGGAGCACGCCCGUCGUGCGAAACGUCAACUGGAUGCAAAACAGUUUUUUGGAGGAAUUUUGCACAUUUCCUAUGCACCCGAAAGAGAGAAUUCCCAAGAGUUGCGGGAGAAGCUGCUGCAGAGGCGUAAAGAGAUCAUCCAACGAUUGCAGCGCAAUCGAUCAGAACAAUCACAUUGAAAUUGUAUAAAUUAUAAUUUGUGGAUUUUAUUGAACCUCCUAACACAUGAUAACACGAGCCUCAAAGGCUGAACGAUGAUGAUCCUCGGUUGAUUACCCAAUGUUAUAUCAUUAUUAUUUUUGUUUCGUUCGGCGCAGCUCGUGAUAGUAAUUUAGUAAGCUAAUGCGUUUCGCCCACACCUGCGCGCCAUAGUUCGCCCAAAAGCUGAAAGACAUUGGAAAGAUGUCAAAUAUCUGAAAUGGAGGACGUGCUAUUUAUGUUGUUACUCACAUGCCGAACAGAGCUCCACCUAAAUGUGCUGCAUGAUCAAAGAAUUUCCAGCCCAUGACGCAGCCGGCAAAAUCGAUGCCCAUGAUAACUUUAAUUGCAGCUCCCGCAGAGAACGUGACAGUUGGCAGGAACAAAAUGCUCAGUUGUGUAUCCGGGUAUUGUGCACAGACGUAGGCCAGGACGGUCAUAAUGGCACCUGACUAAAUUAUAUGAGAUUUUGAAUAAAUAUAAAUGAAUAAAUAUA